CGGUUUUGAUUUCUACCCGUGUUGGAGUAUGUUCCCUUGCUCCCCUCCCAGAGCUAGUGCACGGUUUGUCUCCGAGUCAGUAGCGUUCGCCCGUAGCCAGAGAGAUCGGAGAUCAAGUAUAUUUGACAACGAUACGACCCGUUCGGAAAAUUUGCGGGAAGCAUGCUCAGCAACUUGAUGGACUCCCGCAGGAAAGGUCUCGUUAUAGCUGAAAACGACGACGGCUACGAUGAGGACCAAAAUCUGUUGAAAGAGGGCCCGAGUAGCAGCCGUUCCGAAGAGGACGUGUUGGAAAUUCGAAUCAAAAGUGCCAAGGACGCGACGGUGCACAUUUCCCGUGGUGCUACCAUCGCCUCUCUUCAAACGGCGGUCUUGGAACAAGUCAAGCCGGAAUUUCUUUCCAGCAACGACAACAGCUACGUGCGACUGAUCUGUAAAGGCCGAUUGCUGGCUCCGGAAACAGCCACUUUGGCUGAUCUCAAAGUUGAAGACUUGGAUGUGGUUCACGCCGUGAUCACCAAGAGUUCCCAGAAAGGACCGCAGGCACUGCUGCAGACUGGCCAGGUACUCUCAAGGCGACUACGGGGUACAGGCAUUGGAGCAGAUGGAAGAGCAAUCCGGAAUCACCCCGGAGAUGCUGAUCCGGAAGAAAGCGAGGAAGACGAUGAAGAGCAAGGCUCGGAGCGUUUGGGCUUUGAUCGACUGCGGGCCUCGGGCUUGUCGCGACACGAAAUUCGCGCGUUGCGGGUAUAUUUCAACCGUUCCGUCGAAGAGUGGAUUCGUACACAUCCCGAAGCGGCAGCCGCUGCCGCUUCACACGAAUCGGAUGGGGUCCGCCGUCGACUUCGCCAAGAAGACGUUUGGAUGGCAACACAAGGACCAGCGUCAGAAUUUCGUCUUAAUCUCGCGGGCUGGUCGCAAUAUCACAGCCUUCGUAGGGCCGCAGCUUCGAGCGAUCUGUUUCAGCGCCCUGGUGGUGGCUCUGGUGGAACUAGCGCGGUUGGAACCGAUCGUGACUUCAUUUGGGGCUUUAUGCUGGGAUUUUUUGUAGGCUUUCUUAUGCUCGUCUGGGUUUGGAUGCCGACCGUCCCGCACAAACAAAAGCUAGGUAUUCUCACGGGAAUUUCUUGUCAGCUUGCUCUCGGUUUAAUACAUGGCAAGGACGGGAACGAAGAUGACGCGCUGGGCAAUGGUGUAACCGAGGACAACGGUAUUUUCGCGAACUAAAGUCGCGUAAGAGUAAGGAAAAAGGCAUGGGCCAACUGGCUUUAUGCCCGAAAAGUCAAUCUCUGGUGAAAGUUUAAUGCAAUACAAUAAAAACUAAAAAGCCCUGGACAAAAGUU